CAGCUCCAUUCCGCUCGAACGUCUCCGCCACCAUCCUUCCUCUCCAUCGCCUCAACGAAGCACAACGACUUGGUUGUGAUCACUGGCACAGAGAAUUCUCCACCAUGCCGAAAAAGAUGGGCGCUAACAAGAGCGUCGUCCAGGACGCGGACGAGAGCGUCGUCCAGGAUGCGGACGAGAGCGUCGUCCAGGAUGCGGACGAGAGCGUCGUCCAGGACGCUGACUCAUCUGGUAAAGAUCCCGACCGGCCCGACGCGUCUCUGUCCGAAAUUGCCAGCGAAGCUUUGAGUCUGACGAAAGCCCGGGCUAACACUGUAACAGAGCAAGAACAGCCAGCGGCAGCGAGGAAGAAGGCCACGAUAAGGGAAGACCUCGCGCCGGCGGAGGACGGCCGGGCCAUCCGGCGUCGGCUGCUCUACGCCACGUGGGUCGACCAGGACAAGCGGCCGUGCGGGGUCGACGGCACGCCCGACGAGCAGACGGACACGCGCGACGCGGAAAAGAUCGUCAAGCACGAGUACAACCGCGAGACGGGCGAGAUGCGGGUGCUGGUGAAGUGGAAGAGGGCGGCCAGCCGCGCCAACUCGUGGGUGCUCGAGGACGUGAUGCACCGCCACCGGCUCGACAUGCUGGUCGCCUACUGGCGCGCCCACCCGUCCGGCUCCCGCGAGGCCGCCCUCAAGGGCACCGGCCGCGAGAACGACGUGUUUGCGCUCAUGUACCCGCCCGUCGUGCGCAGGACCGGGGGCAAGGAGGGGAAUGGGGGCAAGGGGGGAAAAUGGGAGCUGGCCGUCGAGGUCGAGUACUGCGGGUACGAAGAGACCUACGAGGUCGCCGCCGACCUCCUGUGGAAGGACAUGAAACCCCUCAUGAGGGAGUACUGGGGUCAGCUUGGCGGCAGGCCGAGGAAGCUGCAUUGA